CCCUGCGGCUGUGCCACCUCGGAGACUCUCCAGACCACCAAGGGCCAGCGGCCUCCUCGGAUUGGCCAGCGACUGCACCCUCACCAUGGGAACGGUGCAGAGAGGUGCUGCAGAGGGUGGGGGACAGUGCGGAUGGCGGCUUUGGUGGUGGGGAUUUUUGAACGCCACAGCGGACUGGACCAGGAGGUUGAAG